AUGGGUCCGUCGCGGUUAGUAAUAUCCGGAGGAAAACCAAUCCUAUCGUCUUCGAAUAGCUGGACACAAGACCCUUCGAAUUGGUUGCUGCGCAAUUCGACAGGAGAACCGUAUCUUUGCGGCAAUGUCACCGGAUCUCGACACUGUCCUCCGACGCACACAUGCCUUUGCACUGGCGGAAAUCCCAACCACGGUUACACUAGCUUCGACAAUUUCCUGUGGUCGAUGCUAACAACGUUUCAGCUCAUUACCCUCGACUACUGGGAAAACGUUUACAAUAUGUUCACAAUUGAGGUUGAAAACGAAUCACAAUCUGUUCCCUUUUUGGACACAAAAUUGAUUCGUUCUCAACAAAAACAAAAUAUUGGUAGAUUAGUAAAGAAAAUGGCCAUGACUUCAGAGAGCUAUUUACGUCCUACCAUAUACUUAGUUAAAGAAAUGAAAUGUCCAAAUCCUAACCGAUUAGGUCUACAAAGUAGGCAGGCCAGUAGUAAUAGCGGAGAAGGUAAUAAUAGAGAAUCUUCAUUAGACGAUUCUGGAGUCGUCGAUGAUCAUGAGCCAGAGGGUGAUGCCACAUCGGAGGAGGUAACUUCCCAUUUAACACCUAGUAGUAGGAGGAUCGAGGUGACACCUGUUACUGUUGCUGUAAGCCCGAAAGAAAUAAAGGUCAUCAAAUGCAACGGCGUCGGGAGUUGUAAGAAAAAAGAAAUGUAUACACUUCAGCCUGAUUAUCUAUCACAUAUCGUUGUUAUCAAUCAACAAAUACCAGAUAGGAACUGUUCUGGGUGUGAGUCGUGUUGUAUGGACUACGAAGGAUGGUUACAGUUCCAGCAAGGAUUAUAUCAGAUUGUCAAGGAUCCUCUGUUUGAACUUGCCAUAACAGUCUGCAUUGUACUUAAUACGAUGUUUCUCGCCAUGGAACAUCAUGGGAUGAGCGAAUCGAUACUAAAAGCAUUAGAUAUAGGCAAUAAAUUGCGAGUAUUAAAAUUAGCUCAGUCUUGGAUAACUAUGAAAGUGCUUCUAAGUAUCAUUAUAAGUACUAUAGGAGCUUUAGGAAACUUGACUCUAGUUUUAGCCAUCGUUAUUUACAUAUUCGCCGUCAUUGGAAUGCAGCUAUUUGCCAAAGAUUACACAGAGGAGAAGUUUUUUCCUGACCCAGUUCCAAGAUGGAAUUUCACUGACUUUUUUCAUUCGUUCAUGAUGAUUUUUCGCAUCCUUUGUGGAGAAUGGAUCGAACCGUUGUGGGACUGUAUGAGAGCAGAACGAGCAGAGGUAAAGUAUUGA